AAAGCAACGUUGGACAGGCGCCCGACUUUGAGUGGAAUAAAACAACACCGCACCGUGUGUACAACAAGGUGAUAAAAAAGGAUUUGAAAAAGGAAAUUUGUUUGGAAAUGAAAGUAGACCCAGAAAAAUAAUUUAAUUUUGCAGAGCAAUGGCACCCCCUAAAUCACGAAAAGUUGCAAUUAUGGGCUUUCGUUCUGUUGGAAAAUCUUCCCUUUCAAUUCAAUUUGUGGAAGGACAGUUUGUUGAUUCAUAUGAUCCCACCAUAGAAAACACAUUUCAAGCAAAAAUAAAACAUAGAGGGCAUGACUAUCAAAUUGAUUUAGUUGACACAGCUGGUCAGGAUGAAUAUUCUAUUAUUCCCCAAUCUUACGUUGUUGACAAUCAUGGCUAUGUGCUUGUUUAUUCUGUCACGUCAAGAAAAAGUUUCGAGGUUGUGAAAGAUAUCCGAGAUAGACUUUUGGAUUUGACUGGAACUACAAGUUUGCCAAUUCUUCUUGUUGGAAACAAAACAGAUCUCCAUAUGGAAAGAGUUAUAUCUUCUGAUGAAGGAAGUAAUUUAGCGAAACGAUGGAAAGCUGGUUUUUUGGAAUCAUCAGCCAAAGAGAAUAAGCUUGUGCACCAAGUUUUUCAUGCAAUUAUUGAUGAAAUUGAAAAACAACAGAACGGUCCUCAACCAAAGGGAGGUGGUUGUAUUAUAUCAUGAAGUUUGCAUAGAUCAAACAUGUCCAAUAUAGUUGAAAAUUACCUCACACCAUAAUCCAUGUUCCUGUUCGAAAAAUACUGCAAAAUUCCAUGCAUUGUUUUUAUCAUUUUAUUUUUAUCAACCCCACAAAAUAUCAGUCCCAACGCAGAAAAGUGGUACUGAAGGACUUAGGGAUGUUAAAAUAUCAGCAUUCUGCUGUUAAUGUUCGUAUAGUCAAUUAAGAAGCAUUACAGCAAGCAAAGAAACAGAAUUGUUUUUGUAUUUCGCCUAGCUAUUUUUUGUAUUAUAUUGUAAAUAUAUUUUCUUCAUUGUUUUAUCAGAUCAAUAAGAGAUUACUGUAAACAUUUGAAAUCUUGCAGUAGAAAUCAUCACAUGUGGGUUUUUUUCAUAUUUUUAUAACAGUUGUUUUUAAGAAUCAGUUUGUGAAAAGAGAAACAUUUCCUAUUUUUCCUUUGUAAUUCAGCUAAUCUUAUCAAUAGUUAAAAUGUUUGAAAUUAAUAAAUAAAUGCUUGACUCAAAGCAUGUAAAGCAUGAGCAGAAAACCAACGUAAAAAGAAAGAAAAACUAGAAAAUAAAAAUCCUAAUAGACUUUUGAGUAAUGAUUUGUUAAGUCUUAGACAAUAAAAGUCUUUUAUUGUAAAUGAUGUAUGACAAAAUACUUUAUGGAGAUUGCAAAAUGACUUAAUUUUCCAUGUGCCUUAGGUUGUCAUUAUUUUUUUCUUUAGUAUUUCUAAAUGUUUCUUAUUAAAAUUUCAGUUCUUACAUGAAGGAAAUAUACUCUAUGUACACCCAAUGACUAAUGUUUUUCUGGAAAGUGGUAAGGAAAAAUUGGAGACCUUUUUUUGCAACUAGCCAAAAGUAUUGUUUUUUGGUAUUCCAGUUUUUAUAUAUAGUUAAUUUUACUAGGAUAUUUUAUUGAAAUCAGGAAUUGUAAUAGUUGGGAGCUGAAUGAUUUUACAGCUGUAUUUAACUGUUCAUUCUUACAUAAACAAUUGUAAACAAAUUUUUCAGUUUUGCAUGCUGUACUUUGCCUCUGCAAAUUUUUAGCUUUAAAAAAUGUUUCUAUAUAUUUAAUUAG